GAAUCUGCCCGUGCAGAGGCUAAUAAUAUUGUAGAGAGAGAAUUAUUAAAUAUGAUUAAAAAGAAAAAUUUGAUCCCAAGUGCCUUAUCUAACAAAGAAGAAAGAAACGUAAGCAAUAUCUGUGAUGAUAAAAAUGAUCAUCCAAUAGAGCAGGAAGGACAUAUUAUUCAACUGAGCUCUUAUCCUUCCGACACGUAUAAGACUUCUGUAAGCUCAAAGUUUUUUUCUAAUUUUCAAUAAAAGAAGAAUUUAUUUAAUUCGUUUUGCUGGCAUUUUAAUAUUUAAUAUCUUUUAUUCUUUUUAUCAUAUGUAAUAUUUAUUUCCUAUUUGUCUAUUUCUUUAUAUCUCUAUUUCAGGACACAGAAAAUAACAGUAAUAAAGAAGAUAACAAUACUUCCACUGAUGAAUCAAGUAGCGAUGAACAUAAUAAGGACAAUAACAGUAAUAAAAUUUUAGAAUCUAUAAAACUUAAAAAAGUAUGUAAAUUAAGAACAUUAAAUUUAUUUUCUUUAUAUUUCCAUUAUAUUAAAUUUUGAAAUAUUUAUGUUUUGCAGUUGACUUCGUAAUUGGCCACUAAAUUUGAUAUUCAAACUUUAGAAAAAUUACUUUCCUUGGAUCAAAAGCUGCUUUCGAUACAGCAUAACUCUGAGAACGAAAUAAUUACUCAUAAUCAGACUGAGAGUGAUAAUGAUUUUAAGAUAUUAAGAUCCGAAUUUCAAAGCAAACAUCUGGAUUUCACUCAAAUGUCUGGAUCACAAAAUGAGAUUAAAACAUCUAACCUUCAAUCCUCGAAGUUAGAACCCACUGAUAGAAUUUAAUUAACAACAGAUACGCAGAUUGUUAAAUCUGAUUGUGCGAACAAUAUAUUUCCUAAAAUAAAAAUUUUUGGCUUGAAUAAUAUGUUCAGUGGAGAUAUGUUUCUUGUCAAAGAUCCUAUGUUAGGAAUUACUUUAAAUGAAGCCAAAUCGUUAUAUUGUUUACAAGACAAAUAUACUCAAGCAGAAAAUGCUACGUCUGCUACAAUGGCUGAUCGCAGACUCUUAGAUGGAGUUUUUACUCCUAAAGCUCUAUCUAUAUGCUCCUUAUCAGGGAUGCCAUCUAGGGGUAAAGGAAAAUUAGCAUACGCUAACAAAUCCUUGAUCAAACCAUACCUCUGCCCCAAGGCAGUCACCGCUAUCAUAGGUCAGUUAAAAAUUCUUGAUAUCUUUUCUUUGAUUUCAAUGGGGAACAAAUAUAUGUCACAGUUCAAAUAUAUGUAUAUGAUGCCAUUUUUCUUUCAGAUAAAGCUUUGCAACUCCAGAACAUAAAACACUGGCGCCCAAAGAAGGAUUCAAGUCACAUUAAACAGGCGAUGUCUGUAAGACUCAAUGAAGUAACCAAUCAAUAUACUAAGGAAAAUCAUUAAAACAAUCGAAUUCUUU